AACCUUUGAACCCAACAUGGCGGCGCCUGUGCCAUCGAAACUUUCACUAUCACGUUGAUUUUGCGGAUUUCACACCGAAACCAUCACAUUCCAGGACUAUAAACGAAUUCUCUAGCAUAUCAAAGCUUGUUUUACCGAUGGGGAUCGUCCAGAGAGGGAUGAGAUCGAUUUUGUUGUCGAGAAGGGCACGAUUUGUGUGCGAGGCACGGCGGCUGGUGUGCCCCUCCCCGUACAGACUGUUACACUGUGGUGGAAACCAUCAGCAAAAGGACAAGUUUCUCAUAACAACACCGAUCUUCUAUGUCAACUCAGUCCCCCACCUGGGCCACCUGUACUCAGCUGUGCUGGCAGACACCAUCCACAGGUGGCAGCAGCUGAAGGGUGCAGGUGGAUCCAUCUUCUCCACAGGCACAGAUGAACAUGGACUAAAGAUCCAACAGGCUGCAGUGGCUCAUGGGAAGGAUCCUCAGCAGUUUUGCGAUGAGGUAUCAACACAUUUCAGGGAUCUGUUCAGUAUGAGCCAUGUUGGUCACACAGACUUCAUAAGAACUACUGAGUCAAGACAUAGGACGGCUGUGGAACACUUCUGGAGAAAGCUCCAGUCUGCAGGUUAUAUUUACCAGGGGAAGUACGAAGGCUGGUACUCCACUUCUGAUGAAGCUUUUGUACCUGAUAACAAAGUCAUGGACAGUGUGGACAAGACUACUGGCAAAAGUAUCAAGGUUUCCAUAGAAACAGGGAGCCAGGUGGAGUGGAUGAAGGAAGAGAACUACAUGUUCAGACUGUCAGAGUUUGGACCCAGGCUGCUGAAAUGGCUGGACUCCAAUCCCAGAGCUGUGUACCCUGAUAAGUACCGUACCCUGGUGCGAGGCUGGCUGGGGGAGGGGCUGGAGGACCUGUCCGUGUCCAGACAACGUGAUCGGCUCCCCUGGGGGAUACCUGUACCUGACGACCCCACACAAACUAUCUAUGUAUGGCUUGAUGCCCUGGUGAACUAUCUGACAGUCUGUGGUUACCCUGACAACCACCACGCCCACUGGCCUGCUGACUGCCAUGUUGUAGGAAAGGACAUUGUAAGGUUCCAUGCUGUCUACUGGCCAGCCUUCCUGAUGGCGGCAGGGUUGGACCCCCCACGGAGCGUGGUAACGCACUCCCAUUGGCUGAUGGAAAGUCAGAAGAUGUCGAAGAGUAAAGGAAACGUUGUAGACCCGUUUGACAGAAUCCAGCGGUACUCGGCAGACGGACUGCGCUACUUCCUCCUCAAGCAUGGGGUGUUGGAGGCAGACGGAGAUUAUUCAGAUGAGAAAGUGGUGAAAGUCCUGAAUGCAGACCUGGCAGGCAACAUAGGAGGGCUGCUGAACCGUUGCCUGGCAACAAGCCUGAACCCCACCCAGACCUUCCCAGCAUUCUCAGCCAACACGUUCCCAGUGCAUCCUGGGAGACAGAGCAACAGUCUGGCAACAGAAGAAGAUUACAAGUUACUGAAGACUUUACAAGAGUUGCCAGGUUCUGUUGAUCAACACUAUGAAAACUUCCAUAUCUACAAGGUGCUAGAAGAAACCAUGCUAUGCGUGAAACAGGCAAACGGUUUCGUACACAGACACAAGCCGUGGAAACUUGGCAACACCCCUCAGGACCAAGAGUGGGCGUCGACCAUCCUUCACGUUGCCAUGGAAACACUGAGGGUUUCUGGGAUACUUCUACAGCCUGUCAUGCCCAAUUUGAUGAGUGGACUUCUGAGUAGACUUGGAGUUGAGGAAACGGAGAGAUCUUGGAGUGAUGCAGAGGAUGUUCCAUGUGUAAAAGGCAGAGAGGCACCUUAUGUAGGAAGAACUCUUGGAACAAACAGAGGAGUAUUGUUUCAAAGACUUCAGAAGAAAAACUGACCCAACCGUUUUUGAUGUGCACAUGUACUCUUGAGGCUGCAGAUGGUGAGAAACAUCAGCACAUAAUAUAUGCAAAUUUUUAAAAAGCGGAAAUCACCAUACUUCCAUUUUGUAGUUGGCAUUCCAAAAAGACCUGACUCUUACAAAUGAAGCAUCGUUGACUUUGCCAAAUUUCACCAUACUGUGACUUUGGAAACGAAGUGGGCUCUUAUGGGGUUUAGGUCUCUUUCUUUCCUGCUCCUAUUUUUGACAUUGAGGCUUAGCCAGACCACCCAGAUACUGGAAAUUGAUAACUGUUCUAAUUACACACAUGAAACAUUUUGAGAUAUGCUUUACAAGAGGGACUAGAAUGAAAAGUUUUAUAUGAAGUACUUUUGUCACUUUAUAUAAUAAGUCACAUUUCGAUUUGACUAAAUGUUCCACAUUGUAAUGGAUACAUUAUCAUUUUCUGUAACUUAAAGUACUUUAUGUGACUUAAUUUGGAAAAUCCAUAAUUGAAUCAACUUAAAGUAACUUAAUAGACAAGUACUUUAUGUGAGUUCAUUUGGAAAAUCCAUAAUUGAAUCAACUUAAAGUAACUUUUUAAUAAUAGACUCUACUUCUUCAAAGUCAUAAUGCAUCUAAUGGUUCAACUUGGUAUGGUUGAAAUAAAG